UUCAACUCGGAUUUUUACGUAACUUCCUGUCUGUGUGGGUUUCUCUGAAGGUUUUGGAGCGGCGCCAUGAGUCGGGCCUGGUCGGUGGUCGGAGCCCGGGGGUGGGCGUCUUUCACACUGGCAUCAAGAUGGACAAGAGGAAGGUCUGUUGCUUGCAAAGUGGAAUAUAGCACAAAGUCUGAGAACCCUGUGCGACCUAUCAGCAGAUAUCCUGUUCCAUAUAAAAAGGACCUGCCAUAUGAUAUUGUUGAACUGAUGGAGGAGGUGGAAACCAAGAAUGGGUUUUUGCCAAACAUAUUUAAAGCACUUUCCUAUCGACCUGUGGAAUUCAGGGCAUUCUUUGCAUACUACAAUGCUAUAAUGAAGAAAGAAACAGGAAAUCUCAGCAAAGCAGACAGGGAACUUAUUAUUGUGGCCACAAGUGCGAAUAACUGUUGUCCCUACUGUGUGAUAGCGCAUAGUGCCAUACAUCGCCUUUAUUCAAAAAAUCCAAUUCUGGCAGAUCAGGUUGUUGUGAACAGGCAGUUGGCUGAUCUGGAUGAUCGGCAGCGGGCCAUGUUGGAUUUUGCCCUUGCUGUGAGCAAUGCUGAAAACAUCAGUGAAGACCAUCUCAAAAACCUGGAGAAGCACGGAUUUGAUAAAGAGGAUGCCUGGGAUAUUGGCACAAUAACUGCAUUCUUUGCAAUGUCUAACCGUUUGGCUCACUUCAUUGAUUUGCGUCCAAAUGAAGAAUUUUAUACAUUGGGAAGAUUGCCCAAAGAGAAAGAAAAAAAGGAGGGUUAAGAGAACUGAUUUCAAAUUUUUGAUUUCAUCCAGAUGCUUAUUUUGAAAAUAGCACACCAUAUUUAAGUUUGAAGUGAAGGUUCUGGAAUCCUUGCCUCUCCUCCUGCAAAAUGCAAAGUUAAAACCAGAAGUAAAAGAGGAUGAUUUCUGUGCAAGUAUGCAAUUAAUCCAGGAUACUAAAUGCAGUCUGUAAAAGUAGAACAUAACCAUUGUGAUCAUGCAUUUAUUGAAAAAGCACCAAAGGAAGUGGCAGUUAGGUGAUGGGAUUGCGCUCUCUGUUUCAUUUUAUGUACAUUAUGUAAAUUAUGUCAGCACAUCUAGAUAUCUCUAGCAGUUCCAAACUAUAAUUACUGGUAUAAUACAGUAAUUCUGAUAUUCAAGGUGAAUCAAACCAAUCCAUGAAUUUACUGUGUCAUUCACAAUUUGGGCAUGAAUGGAUUAACAUUAAACCUUGUUGGUUCACAUUUAAACCAGAACUUUUGGCGGUUUUCAGAAAAUUGUGAUGACCAUUGUACAAUUUUGAUUUUUUUUUUGGAGUUCAGAGACAUUCAAAUUAAAUAUAAUCUUUGGUGCAACGAUUUUAAUCUUAAAUACUUGAGCCAGCUAAAGAGGAGGACUGUUUCUUUUGGAUGGAAAAAACAUUUCCAAAAAAUGGAACACAAAAUGAAAAAUGAUAGUGCUCACACUUCAGUUAUGUAAAUAGUGAAGUGAAGGUACCAUGAAUAUAGUGUUAUACCUAUAGCUCUGUAUUCAUGGUAUCUUCACUUUACUAUUAUACCUAUAAGGAAGAGCUUGAGAAACUGGCUUUUUUCAAGAAUAUGAAAUGUUUUGAUGGUAAACAGUGAUAGAGUGAAUUGUUAAUUCACAGAAAACCUCAGUUCAAGAUAUUAAUAAUAAAAACAAAGAGGGAAAUUAAGGCAUUCCUCUCCUUUUAUUGGACAAAAGUAGCUACUUGUGAGAAAAACUAAUCAUUGAAAUAGAAAUAACAUGAAGGAAGAACUUAAAGAUUUGAAAAUGGGAUUGAAGUCGAGUUUCCACUUAAAGCUGGAACUGGUGUAAGCUAAUUGGGUAGCUUCUGCAAUUGAAAUUAAAACCAAAAUUACUGUCAAGCCAUUCAACUUUAAUGGAACUCAAAUCGUAUUGACACUGUAAAUUUAAAUCCAGUUUAAAAUUAACAUUUCAACUUCAAAUUUUAAUCCUAACAAACAAUGGGGAAUAAAUUAAAUAAAACCCAUGGAAUACAAAACAGAAUUGACAAGAUUCUAAUCUGUAGCUCAUGAAUGAAGUGCAAAUCAUUAUCAUUUUACAUUAUAUACUUCUGUAUAUAGAUUCAGAAAAUAUCAGUUUUGGCUAAUCCAACAAGAGGGCAAUCAAUUAAGAAAAACACAUUCAACCAAGGAAAACAUUCUAUGGUGCUUAUGUUUUUGGGUUUAUGCACAUGAUAUUUUCUUUUGAUUAAAUUGGUGAUAUUUAAUCAAUGCAGGUCUCAAUGUAGGAUGGAACCUUGAUUGAGGAAAAUAAAUAAAUAAUCAUGUUGCAGAUUUCA